UCGCCCCCACUAAUUCCUACCCAAUAGAAGUUGGAGGACCGUCCACUCUCCUUCGAUUACUACGUCCUCUGCGAAUAGCCCUAAAAAAAUUCUUUAGGGUUUCGAGAAUCUCUCUCAAGAUCAAGAGAGGCAGAGGGCAAUGCUAUCAGUCGCAGUUCAAUCCCGAAGAAAUUAGGGGUAUUAGGGUUUCUGACAAGGAUUCCGACUGAAUCUCGUCAAGGUGCGAUCCUGCUUCAAGGGGAGAUAUUGUAAGAUAGCACAUAAACCAUGGGAGAGAAUGUAAUAUGCUACUCCUCCAGAAAUAACCUUCUCAAGGAGGUAAGCUCAAAGUUGAGUCCUUCACCAAAAAACAGGAUCAUUCACAAAAUUUCGAAGAAAUUAUGCAGAUACAAAUUGAAUUCCUGCACAAAAAGACGAGGAACAAAGGAGAACACUACAAUUGCGAAAAUGAUUGAAAAUCUACGGAAAAACUCUGCUGGUGGUUCUGCUAGAUCUCAAAAUUCUUUAAAGCUUGCAAGAAAGAAAACUUAUUGUUUGAAUGACACAAAGAAUUGCAAGAAUGGGUCAUGUGAUGGCGCAAUUGGAACAACGGAUAGGAGGAAAAGGCAGAAAAGGAAGAAGAAGAGGAACAUUGUACGAGAUGAAGCUUCUUAUCUACAAAGAAGAGCAAGGUACCUGUUGAUCAAAAUGAAAUUGGAGCUCAACCUCAUUGAUGCAUACUCAGCAGAUGGUUGGAAAGGCCAGAGCAAGGAAAAGAUCAAGCCCGAAAAGGAGUUGCAAAGAGCUGAGAAGCAAAUAUUGAAAUGUAAACUUGGUAUUAGGGAUACAAUUUGCCAGCUGGACUUGCUGAGCUCGGAAGGACGCAUUGCAGACUCUCAUAUGUCUCCAGAUGGAUCGGUUUUCCAUGAACAUAUCUUCUGUGCAAAAUGUAAAUUGCGGGAAGCUUUUCCAGAUAAUGACAUCAUACUAUGUGACGGGACUUGCAAUUGUGCUUUCCAUCAGAAAUGUCUGGAGCCUCCACUAGAGAAAAUUCCUCCUGCAGCGCAAGGAUGGCUAUGCAGAUUUUGUGAGUGCAAGGAGGAAAUUCUAGAAACUAUCAAUGCUCACAUAGGUACCAGCUUCACUGUGAACAGUAGUUGGGAGGAUGUCUUUAAGGAAGCAACUACUGAUCUCAUCACUGAGAAUACAGCUCUUAACGCUGAUGAGGAGUGGCCAUCAGAUGAUUCUAACGAUGAAGAUUAUGACCCAGAAUUAAUUGAAAACAGCAACAGCAGAACAAUUGAAGAGAGCAUGUGUGAUGAUGCAAGUAGUUCGAGCAGCUUGCUUUGCUCAUCUUCUGAUGUAACAGAUUAUGAGAGGUUGGAUGCUGAAAGUAAAAGCAAGAAAUUGUCUGAAGCUGUUGAUUCUAUCAUCAGCAUUGAUCCCGGUGAAUGUAGCGAUCAUGAAAUUAUAAGCUUCCGCAGGCAGCGAAGAGAAGUAGAUUAUAAGAAACUUCAUGAUGAAAUGUUUGGCAAGGAAUCGAAUGGCAAGGAACAACAGAGUGAUGAUGAAGAUUGGUGUCCUCAAAGGAGGAAGCAAAGAAAGAGAGAAUUGGAUGCAGAUUCUUUGAUGGCUACUUCUGACAAUGAUGUUGAACGCCUUAACAUGGUAGAACACAAAGAUACUUCAGGUGGAAGGAGAAAGCAGCUUUUCAGGAUUCCCCUUGAUGCUGUUGAAAAGCUUCGCCAAGUAUUUUCCAAGAAUGAACUUCCUUCUAGGGCUAUCAGGGAGAACCUUGCAGUGGAAUUGGGUAUUUCAUCUGAGAAGGUUAACAAGUGGUUCAAAAAUGCCAGAUAUGCUGCUCUUAGAAUCAGAAAGGCAGAAAUGACCAAUGAACCUCAGAUUACUGAUAACAGUGAAAGAUCAAUGAGCAAAGCUGGAAAGCAAACAUUGGAUGAAGAAGAAUCCAUGGACGAUUCUUAUCUGCUGCCAUUAUCAUCCUUUCUUAAGAUGCAUAGAAAUUCUAGAAAGAUCCUUCAUCGAAAGAAUUCGUCAAUCGCUACACCUUUGGAAAAGCAGCAGAAAGACACAGAUAAUGCACUGCCAACAGACAAAAUUCAGAAACCAAGAGUCCCUGUAGAGGAAACGUUCAACAGCAGCAGAACUGAACCUCAAGUAGAUGAGAGCAUUGAGAAUGAGCAACUUUUCUCAGUGGAGAUUGAGAGGUUGUUUAGUCUUGAAGAAAGGCUUCAGAACUUGAAGACAACAUUGCUAACAUGCAAAGGUGGCGAUCAAGUUCGAAAUACAGCUCAUCUAAAUGAACUGAAUGUAGUUUAUGUUCCAGUUGCUGAGGUGAAGGAGAAGUCAGCUAAGCAUAUUAACCGAUGACAUUCAGUUCUACAUUGAGAUUAACACAAGAAGUUAUUUCUUGAAUUAAGGAGCUGAAGUAACUGAGUGUAGUUUAUGUUCCAGUUGCUGAGGUGAAGGAGAAGUCAGCUAAGCAUAUUAACCAAUGGCGUUCAGUUCUACAUCGAGAUUAACACAAGAAGUUAUUUCUUGAAGUAAGGAGCUGAAUUCAAGGGGAGCUGAUUAUUCCGGAAGACAUUGACAUUGCACACUUACAAAGGCUAGUUACCUCCAAGAGUGUUGUAUUCCUGAACUUGCUGCUGGCAUGCGUACAGGAACAAUUUUGUAUACGCUAAACUGUUUGUACAGAAAAAGGUGUCUGCCUCCAUCGAUCAAUUCAAUGAAAAUUGCUGUGGUUGAAAGGCCGUAUUUGUUUGA